AUGCCUGGCAUCCCGGUCCCUUUCAGCGACAUCGCUAAGCCAGCGAACGAUCUCCUCAACAAGGAUUUCUACCACACUACCGCCGCCAACCUUGAGGUCAAGUCCAAGGCACCGAACGGCGUUGUCUUCAACGUCAAGGGCAAAUCCGCGCACGAUGGUCCCAUCUCAGGCUCGAUCGAAGGAAAAUACACCGACAAGGCAACUGGUCUCGCCCUCACCCAAACUUGGACCACCUCCAACAGCCUCGACACCAAGCUCGAACUCGAAGACAACAUCACCAAAGGCCUCAAAGCCGAAGUUCUGACAAACUAUCUGCCUGCCAAGUCCACAUAUGGCGGCAAGCUGAACCUCUUCUACAAGCAACCAAACAUCCACACCCGCCUGUUCACGGACCUGUUCAAGGGCCCUACUGCCAGUUUCGACGUCACGCUCGGCCACGAGGGAUUUCUGAUCGGUGCUGAGGGAGGAUAUGACGUCGGCAAGGCCGCGAUCACAAAGUACGCGCUUGCCGCAGGAUACUCCCAGGGUUCGUAUGCCGCUGCCAUCACGGCGACGAACAACUUGACCGUCUUUUCUGCGAGUUACUACCACAAAGUCAACACCGAAGUUGAGGCCGGUGCCAAGGCGACAUGGGACAGCACGGCUGGAAGCAACGUCGGCUUGGAGGUUGCGACCAAGUACAAGCUUGAUCCCAGCUCUUUCGCCAAGGCCAAGAUCAACGACCGCGGUAUCGCCGCCCUGGCAUACAAUGUCAAGCUCGGCACCGGCGUAACUCUCGGCCUGGGCGCAUCUCUCGACACGCAGAACCUCAACCAGGCCGCUCACAAAGUUGGCGCAAGCUUCACGUUCGAGGGAUAA